AGGUUUAUAGUUUACGUCCUGUUUGAAUUAAAUUUGAUUGUUUUUUUAAAAUAAUUUUUAAUAAAUUUCGCUGCUGAAGUUUAAAAAAAAAUCAUCUAAAAAUUUAUUUAGUCGUGAUACAGACCUAAUUACCAAACCUCAUCUCCUGAUCUAAAGAAGUUAGUCUAAUUCGAAAAAAUUAAACCAAGAUUUAAAAAAUCUAGCUCAAAAACCUUUAAAUUUUUCUUAUAAAACUUUAGUGUAAUUUACGAAUUCUUAAGCCUGACUUAGGUAACUUAGCGGGUCUUAUUUUUUGAAUUUUUCCCAAUAUCUUCAUCUAUAGGUUUCAAAACAUUAAGGAUUAAAUAAAAAUUAAAUAAGUAAAAAGGUUCAUUAAGAAAAUUGAUACAAUAGGGCUUUCAAUAAAUUUUACAGGAGUCUUAAAUAAAAUUUCUCAGGGACUCUGUGACUUUGUCAAGUACCUAAAACACUUUCUUUCAGCUAGCUAAGUACCUCUUGGCCAAUGUUAUUUUUAAAAAUAUUCGCUAAGGACCUUAGAGGUCCUUCUGUGUGCGAAAAACCCAAAGAAAACAAACAAUAAAAACAAUCGCCAAACAUACUGCAUAAAGUACAUUUUCAAGUUUUCCAAGAAAAUCACUCUCUCGAAGUGCCUCUAAUUGCCACAGCAAGGAAUCUACUAAACUGCCAACACGUGUUCCUGGAGAGAACCCUUGUGAGACGCAAAGACUGACCAAGUCAAGAGGAUUUCGGGUAGAAGGGGAUGUUAGGAAAAUAUGUUAUUCCAAAAAUAGGCAAGUCCUCCCAAUUCGUCACUGCAUGGAAUAUACAAGCUACUUCUUCCCCUCUUCAAACGAGUUAACCACUGCUUCACAGUUGAACCUCGCGCUGAGCCCACAGUCACGGGAAGAAAAUCAGUUGCUUCUGAAACAUUCACCAGUGAAGACGCACCGGAGCAAGAGAGAAAACAUAGAAGAAGAAUUCUCAAAAGUGAAUAAGAAAAGCACUUGAAGGUAUAAUUUCGUGUCAAUUGGUGAGAGAUUAUACCGCGGAGUGUCGUCAAGGAAUUCCAGUGAAGUUUUUUUUUCUUGUCGUAUUAAGAAGAGUGGGACUGUGCCAGAAGGCUAGAAGAGAAUAUUAGUUUCGUUUUUUUUUCUCAUUCAUCCAACAAAGUCUUUAAGAGUUGUUUGGAAUUUUUUUUGAGAUAGGAAAAGUAAAUAAAGUGUUGAAAAAAUGGUACGAAGUCUUUCGCAGUGGACAAAAACACUGAGUUUCCCAGCACGAAUUUCACCAAAUAGAAAUUCCAAAGAGUGCAACGUGAACGUUCAUCCAAUUACAUUGCCACCACCCACGCCACCACGUAAAUCACAGGCUAACCAUCAGCAGCAAUCAUCGCAGGAGUCCCCAUCACCACAGCCAAAUGUACCAAUAACAGAAAUUAGCCAAAUUAUCUAUCCCGAUCCCGAUUCCGAGAAGGCAAUCAUGGGCUCCCUGGUGUUUUGCAUUCACCACAAGCAGGGCUGCAAGUGGUCGGAUGAGCUGAGGAAAUUGAAGGCACAUCUGAAUACAUGCAAGCACGACGCCGCCCGAUGCCCAAAUAAGUGUGGCUCCCAAAUUCCUCGUAUCAUGAUGGCAGAUCACCUGGCCUUCACCUGCAUCCAACGGCGAGCUGUGUGUGAGUUCUGUAAUGUUGAAUUCACCGGACAGGGCCUCGAGGAACACACGGGCACAUGCAGCCAGGAACCAAUCUACUGCGAAGCCAAAUGCGGAGCACGUGUCCUCCGUGGGCGAAUGUCCAUCCACCGAGUUAAGGACUGUGCCAAGAGAAUGCGGCGUUGUGUGCACUGCAAUAGGGAGUUCUCCGCAGACACCCUGUCAGCCCAUGGAGCUUCGUGUCCCCGUAGUCCCCUCCCAUGCCCACAGCGAUGUGACAUGGGCCCCAUUCCGCGUUCCGAGAUCGAUAACCAUCUGCGCGAGGAAUGCAAAGCCCUCACAAUUCCAUGCACCUUCCGCGAUGCCGGGUGCUCCUUCAAGGGCCCACGGCAUCUGCUUGAGAAUCACAUUGAGAGCAACAUUGGUUCCCACCUGUCGCUAAUGGUAUCCCUGGCGAGUCGGCAGGAGAAGCAAAUUCAGGUGCUGAAGAACACCGUCUCGAAGCUCAGUACAAACUACACAGGCACACUCCUAUGGAAAGUGACUGAUUGGGCAGCAAAGAUGGUUGAGGCAAAGAGCAAGGAUGGGCUGGAACUCAUCUCACCACCAUUCUACACAAGCCAGUAUGGGUACAAACUGCAAGCAUCGAUGUUCCUCAAUGGCAAUGGCCCUGGGGAAGGCACACAUGUCUCUGUGUACAUCAAGGUGCUCCCCGGGGAGUACGAUGCCCUCCUCAAGUGGCCCUUUGGACACUCCAUCACAUUCACACUAUUCGAACAGGGAUGCAGUGGGAGUCAGGGAGGUGUAGCUGAAUCUUUCGUCCCCGAUCCAACGUGGGAGAACUUCCAGCGUCCUUCCAUGGAACCCGACACCCUUGGAUUUGGCUUUCCGCGCUUCAUUUCACACGAACUUCUCACCCGACGACCCUUUGUCAAGGACGACACCAUCUUCCUACGCGUCAAAGUGGAUCCUAGCAAAAUUGUGGCUGUCUAGAUAGAACACACUCACAACAUCCCCGAGAGAUUGUAAAUACUAUGUAUUUUAUCCCACAUCUCAUGAAAAAGCUUAUGUACUUUGAAUUGUAAGAUGCAUUUACUAGAGCGUAAGGAAAGGAAAUUAGUACGAGAGUUGGAGAGGAUCAGACGGCACAUUGUGGCAAAGAUUGAGAAGUUUUUUUUGAUACGAUCUCACCCCACGCAUUAGUUUUUAUUUCUUAUUAGCUUUUGUAAUGAUAAAAUUUGAAUUUUUAGAAUAAAAAAUGGGUUCAAAAGAAAAUAAAAAAGGAAAAAUUAACUUUAGAAUUAUUAUAUUAUUCUUGAGCUUACAAUGUACAAUUUUAAUUUAAUUUCCUUAAUCUAUUAUCCUAAAAAUAGAUUGCUGCUAUCUGGACAAUCUCCAACUCUGUAACCAAGAUAAAUGUAAUCCCUGUAUAGACCAGUAAGACGAUUAAUUGUGUCCAUAAGUGCGCAAAUUAUGGUACAUUAAUUACCGAACGCAUUAACGAUUUUAUAUUUUCUUCUUAAGCAUCGAAAUUUCUUGAUUUUAACUCUUUUUUGUGUGACUUUUUAAUCGUUUUUCUUUUGCUGGAAAUAAACCAAAGUGUUUGGCGGACUUUGCGUUGAGAGAUUUCUAGGGAACUAACUCUAAGAAUCAUUUGCAAAGUCCACAAAAUCAGUUCGACAACGAGUCAUUAAUGUUAGAUUUUGUGUAAAUAACAACAGGCGAGAGACUAAAAUGCAAGACAAUCUUCUAAUCUCUCUUAAUCUUUAAAUUCCAUUUUUUUCUUUUCGUGUAACUUUUGUGUGUAAUCUCCGCGUGGGAGAAAGGUUUUUAUUCUUCUUUAGAGAGUAAGAAAAAAAAUGUGGAAAAUAAAUUUGAAGUGAAAUUUCUGUA